AUGACGUCCGUAGUGGAUGCUUUGCAGCAUAAUCGCGCGCAUUUUGACGAUAGCGACAUUAUCGCUUGCGAUUAUCACAUGUACUAUCCCUAUUCCCCGGCCAUGUUGGGGAAUAAUGACGUCAUCACCAUUACCUUGCAAAACCAGGACUUGGUAACGGACGUGUCGAAAAGUUUCAUUUACGUUCAAGGAAAACUGACCAAAGAAGAUGGGACGGGCGUAGGCACAGCAUCAUUGGUGAAAAAUUUUGUGGGUUAUUUGUUUGACGAAAUCCGCUACCGCCUUGGCAACGUCGAGGUGGAGCGCACGCGGAACGUAGGCAUGACUUCGACCAUUAAAAAUUACGUAUUACUAAGUUCCGAUCAGUCGAAGUAUUUGCAAAUUGGUGGGUGGCACGAGCCGAAUGAGCUCUUGAAGGACGGCGUGUUCUCCGCGCUGUUGCCGUUGUCGUGUGUUUUGGGCUUUGCGGAGGACUACAAACUACCCAUUGUUAACAUCAGACAGGAACUUACACUUUUGCGCUCGCGGUCUGACAAAGACUGUCUUUUUGCGGCCGCGGCCAACACCGAUAAAAUCGUCUUGGAAAAGGUAGGGUGGUUGGUACCGCAUUUGACCUUAUCCGAUCAGAGCCGCGUUAAGCUGAUGAAAUUAGUGGCCGCGGACAAGCCGAUACAAGUACCCUUCCGCAGUUGGAUGUUUAUGGAACACCCCCUCUCGACAAAUACAAAAGAUUCUUGGACCAUGUUGACAACAUCUAAUUUGCAAAAACCGAAAUUUGUCAUCGUGGGGCUCCAAACGGGGCGUAAAAAUAACGUGUUGAAGGACAAUGCAAAUUUCGAUUCUUGCAACGUGCAAGAUAUGAAAGUAUAUUUAAACGCGCAAACUUUCCCGUUCGCCAGUUUUGAAGCGGAUUUCGCUAAAAACCAGUGUUUGUUGCCGUACGAGUAUUACGCUCGCAUGAAGAGUGUGUUUCACGCUGACGAACAGGCUGCCAAUUACGAACCGCUUCUAACCUACAAAGAUUUUCGCACGAAAGCGCCACUCUUUGUGUUCGACACGACUAAAACUACCGAAAACCCCAUCGAUUCGACAAUCGAUUUGCGACUUGAAUAUUUGACGUCAGCGGCCGUGGCGGCUGAUACUAUCGCGAACGCGGUUGUUGUCCACGAUCAGCUUUUUGUCUAUCACCCGCUGAGCCAAACGAUCAAAAAAAUCAUCUAA